ACACGAGAGGCGUGUUCCAGUGGGGUGUGCUCGUUGGAAAGCGUUGGGACGAGGAGGGCCGAAGCUAGAAAACUCUUAACCCCAGAUUUAGAUCGAGACGCCUCUUUGGCAGACCGUUGAUGGCGUCGUUCGCGGAAGCUCCGCCGGGCGAUCCUAAGGCCGGGGAAAAGAUCUUUAAGACCAAGUGCGCGCAGUGCCACACCGUCGACAAGGGCGCCGGCCACAAACAAGGACCUAAUUUGAAUGGCCUUUUUGGGAGACAAUCUGGUACAACUCCAGGUUAUUCUUACUCUACCGCUAACAAGAAUAUGGCUGUGAUCUGGGAGGAGUCAACUUUGUACGAUUACUUGCUUAACCCUAAGAAGUAUAUUCCUGGUACCAAGAUGGUUUUUCCUGGUCUGAAGAAGCCACAAGAGCGUGCAGAUCUCAUUGCUUAUCUCAAGCAAUCAACGGCUUAAGUAAUUUAUUUUCCUUUCAUACUGGAAACAAUUUUUUUCCACCAAUAAGAUAACAUGUUGCCCUGCUUGUGAAUAAGCAGUUGAGCUACGAAACAUUCUUUAAAAAUUCUUACUAGUAUCCUUUAUUUCAUGGGCUCUUGCCUGAAUUAUGGUUGUUUUAGCUGUAGAUGUAGACAGCCACUCUUAUUUUGAUACGAGUUAACUUAACAUUGUCCCAUAAUUAUCUAUACUUUGGUUUUCUUGGUGGUGCAAA